AUGGCCUUGCAGGAUGUCAAAUCAUGGCCAUGUGAAUCACCAAUCAGAAAAGCUUACAGUCGUGUAAACUCUAAUGCAACUCUUCAAUUUGUGGCUGACCUAACAGAUCUAACUACACCAAGACUGUUUGAGGUCGGGUUUUAUGAUGGUAGUGCUAAAGCUCGUAUAACAUACAAUCCAGACAAGAGUUCAAGACCUAGUGCAGCACCAGGUGUCAGUAUAACAGGAGAUACUGAUGGCAAUGUAGUUGUUACACUGGCUAAUGUCCAAGAAAACAAUGCUGGAAUUUACAUUAUGACCAGUACUGGGUUUGCUACUAAAUGUAGCUGUCUGUAUAUAUUAGGAACACCAAGAAAGCCGACAGUAACAGUUAAUAAAACACCAUCAGUAGGAGAGAGUGUAACAUUAACAUGUAGCAGUACAUCAACAACCACACCCAGUAACCACAGCCUCAGUCUGACAUACUCCUGGAGAGUUAACAACACAUAUAAUCCAGAUGGAAUGAAAUACUCGUACACUCCUAAUAAGGAUAAACUUACUGUAAACAACAUUUUAAAGGAGGAUGCCAAUAAACAGUUUACAUGUACAGCUACAGAAGUUGUCACUGGUGGAUAUACAUCUAGCAGAAGUGAUACAUUCUCAUUUGAUGUUUAUUAUGGUCCAGAUAAUGUUGCGUUUAGUCCAAGUGAUACAAGCUAUGAGAAAGAUGAAAAUGAAAGUCUUAAUCAAGUAACUUGUACAGCAUCAUGUCAUCCUAUUUGUAGUUUUACGUGGACUAAGACAGAUACAGGAAAAAUUGUUAGUAACUCAGCUUUAUUAAAUCUUGAGAGACUUCAGAGAUCAGAUGCUGGAACAUACAGAUGUACAGUAACAAGGACUGGUGGUUCAUCACAAAGCAAAGAUUUAACUGUGAAUGUAAUCUGUAAGUAUAUAUUUAACUUUUUAAGUGAAAAGUAA